GACACCGCUGCAGCAGUUUUCAUUGAGAGCUCCAACAAAAGGCUGUAAAAGAGGUUCAAAGAUUAGUAGUGGGACUGAAAAUUUUGGAUAUGGCAGUUAAAUUUCAAGAGGAAAUCCCUCAGAAGAAACUGGAGAGUAAGAUACUUUCUUCCCCAGUGCAAGAAAGCGGAGCAUACCAAAGUAGUGCAAAAACCUGGAAAGCAUCUCAAUGCUCACCAUUUGGUUUGCCAAAUAAUCUGCAACAUCUUAAGUCUGAGAUGGAAGAGAUCCCAUGCCCUAAACAAGAACACUAUACACCAUACGCUACAACUGCCAAAGAGGGAGAUGACAGCGCCAGAGCUGGUCAGCAAAAUGAAGAUGGUGAAAACGCCAGUACAUCUGAAAAAGAAAGACCAUUGCCAACUCAAGCAAAGAAAGAAGAUGGAAGUGGUUUUAGCAGCAGUCCUAGGAGGAUCGGGGAACGAGUUAAAGGAAAACGGAAUGUCACGAUCACCCCUGUUAGACAUUCCAGGAGUUACAUAAAGAAAGCAGCGCUCUUUUUCAUGAUGUCAAGUAGUUUUCUCAUCUCUGCAGUGGCUCAUCAACGUGAUGGAUUAUGUUGCUUUGUCUGCUGGGAAAUAAGAUGUUCUGAGAAGUUAGAAAGAAUCUAUGUCUUAGGACAAGACACGCCACUUUGGAAAAGAAAAACUGGAGACAUCCAAAGCUGUGAUCAGACUUCACUUAAAGACUUGAUCCCGUGUCACCAUAAUGAUAAUGUCUUUCUACCAGUUUCCAAUAAUACAAUGAAAUUUGACUUUGAGAGAACUGGGGAAAAACUAAAUGCUACAAGAACAAGUGAGUAUUGCCAAUAUAUGCUGCUGCUAGCGAUCUAGAUGAGCUCACAGACUCUGUAACAUCAUAUGUCA